UUAUCAAUUUUUGUUUUGUUUUUGUUUUUUAAUAUUUUAAGAACAUUUUUAUACCUGGACUAAUUAGUUAAUGUUUUUGAGGUUCGCCUUGGUUGUCUUUGAAAAUUGCAGUUAUACAUAAAAUAUUAUUGUAACAUGGAUGUCGUACAACUGGGCCCGGAGAAUAACCCAAAAUUCUCCUAUACCCAUGAGCCCAAUCCGAGCACGGACUCCACUGCGCUGCGUCCGGCCCAGUGCCAUGCGGACGACUCGUGGAGCACGGUCGGCACGCAGGUGCUGGUCACGUCCGAGAGCAUAGUGGAGCAGGAGUCGGUGUCAUGGAGCCCCAGCCGGGACAUAGACAGGAUUGCCAGCAUGAAGAUCUUCACCUCAGUCAUGUUGCACGCCUGGCGGCAAAGACGCGCCGAUGUGCGCCGGCUGCAGCAGGUGGUGGAACGCCUCCAGCGGAAGUCCAUGCACUCCAAGAACGAAUUGCAUGUUUCCAAUACCCUGAUGCGCGUGGAGCAGAAGCGCUGCAAGGAGCUUCAGCUGGAGCUAAAAAAAUCCACAUUAAGCAUCAACGAAGUGCGCAGCUCUUGCGAGAGGCUAAGCACAUCCGUGCGCAGCCUGAAGGCGGACAAGGAUCAGCUGGAGAAGGAGCUCAACUUCAGCCGACAGGAGCAAUUGGAACUGGAAAGAAAGGUGGGCAAAUGCAAAGAUGAUCUCUUGAGCGCGUUGAUGGAACAGCGCAACUUGCAGCUGCGGCUCUCCGAGGAGCAGAGCAAUGUACAGCAAUUGGCUCGCGAGAAGGAGCUGCUGUCCAUAAACAUGCGCAGCAUGGAGACCGAAUUUGGCAGACGCGAGGAGUCGUACAUUCAGGAGUUGGAGCAAAAGAACGAGGCACUGCAUAAUAUGCGGAUGACGAUCGAGAACCUCGAGCGGCGGCUGAGGGACCGUCAGAUUAAACGUUAUGAACUAAAGCACUAUCUGAAGAAUAUGGAACGCAGGGAACUGGACGACUUCCAGACUGACCUUGAGACAGAGCUACCUCCGAAUAUGACCGCUAUCACGAGGCUUCCAUCAAGUUCCGUUAAGCGCAGCACCUUGGCCCUCAUAGCCGAAGAUUACGGAAUUGGUCAAUUGUGGUCCACAGUGCAUUAUUAUACAUCGAGCGCAGCAUUGCUUCUCUGGUUCGUUAUACUGCCGAAACAAUCGCUAAGAAAUGGAUGCAUGCCGAUAAAAAAGCGAAUAGCUAGUCUGAAGUGAAAUGUCCCAUUAAAGUAAUUUAUUAGUGUAUUCUAGUAAAA